AGGGAUUGCGAGCCAUCGCGCAUCGUUUCUUUAUGGAGACCUACUACGAGCCCGACUCCGAGCUUCGUGAGCCGCUCACGGACAUCGACGCGUUUCUCGACAGCGCGCGCUACAACGAGGAGGGCGAUCUCGCGCUGCUGCGCGCCUACCUCGAGAAGAACCCCGGCGACGUCGACGCGCGCGACGAACAAGGCCGCACCGCGGUGCACAUGGCGGCCGCCAACGGCCACAUGCCAAUUCUAGCCAUGCUGUUUCAGUUUAGCCCGCAGCCGAACGUUGCAAACGACGAGGGCAAUACGGCGCUGCACUUUGCGGCCCUCAACAACCGCGUCGACGCGGCGGAGGCGCUGCUGGCGCACGGCUGGCGACCGGAGGAGCAAAAUGUGAUGGGCAAGACGGCUCUGCAGCUCAUCUAUGAUAAGCAGUUCAACGAGAUGGAGACGCUGCUCAUGAGUCGUGAUGAGACCCUGGACUCCUACGUGCCUCCGUCCCAGGCGACGGUGAGUGUUUCUCUUCCCGAGGAAGAAGAGGAGGGUAUGGACGAAAAGGGAGAGGCAGAAGCGACGCGUGACCAAGCAGCAGCCGUCAAGCCUCCGGUCGCAGUGAAGAGCGCGCCGGCCGCUGCGGUUCCUCCCGGAAACUCCCCUGCAUCGCCACCCUCUGUGAAGGACGCAACGACGAGUGCUGAGAUGCUGGGCUCCGCUUCCGUGGACGACAUCGAGUAA